AAUUAACCUAAUAUAGAUGUAUAUUAUAUAUAUUUAAUUUUAAUAUUUAAUUUAUUGGUGAUCUGGCAUUAGAUCGUCCAUCAACCUGGUUUAUUUGCCUUCAAUACUAUAUACAGUAAUCUACUGGCCUUGAUAACAUGACAGAGCGUUAGUCGUUUAUCCAUUUGUACACGCAAUCUAUUAUUUAGUUUUAUAAAGUCAGAAGAGCUAAAAGUAAAUAUUUAUAGUAGAGAAAUAAAAGACAAAAAACAAAUGUAAUGUGAAGUUAUCUGUUUAGUUUUAACACGUGUUUAUUAAUAAUAAAUUAAUGAAUGAAUUUAAAUAAAGUUUUUGACAAUAAUACCAAUGAAACUGUUAUUCCGAUGGAAGAAAUACCCGGGACUCACAAUAGCCAAGAACAAAAACCCAAAGAAGACAAUGUGAGUAAAAGAAGUAAUAAAAACGUACCGAUAAAUCGCCGUCCGUCAUUUUUUCUCGAAGCGGGCAACAGAUUAGUGCCUAGACCUGUGUACGGAUCAGACGACGUUCAACUGUACGCUAAGAGGAACAGACGAAGCAGGCUUGAAGAUGAUCCCGAGGACUACAUGGAUGUUUAUGACACUAUCUUCGACGGACACGGGCGUCCGUCUAUUAAUUCUGGAUCAGUUGUUGGUUCUGUGUUUGACGUUAAUGUUUAUCAACAGAAGAAAACUUUGGCCCAAGGUAUGAUGGACCUCGCUUUGAUAUCCGCAAACGCCAAUCAGCUUCGCUAUGUCAUGCAGUACACCAACCAUCCUUUUCAUUAUCUUUCUUUGGCUAUGAUUGUACUGAGCUUGCUACUCCAAGUUGUUGUUGGCAUUGGGCUCAUCUGGAACAGCAGAUAUGAUGUUAAAGAAGACGAACAAAUUCCUAAAGCUAACAAAACAAAUAAUUGGACAGUCGUUGGUAUUUUUCUUGUUACUAUUUUAAAUGUAUUUAUUUCUUCUUUUGGUAUUACGGAUCCAGAUUCUGAAGUUGGAAUUGAUCUUCCUUUCAAAGACACCGAUAAAGAUACAAUUGUCUUGAGAAAUAAUAAUAAUGUUACUUCAGUAAUAACAUAACUUCAAAAAAUUGUAUAAAAGUAUACAUAUUUUGAAACCAAGUGUUAAAUU